AUGGUUGUUCUUAUCACAGGAAGCACCGGCUACCUCGGCGGCCAGUUGGUCAAGGAAGCAAUUACACGUGGUCACAGCGUCCGCGCCGUCGUGAGAACAGAAACCUCCUUCAGGAGACUCGUUGACCAGUUCCCUCUUUACGCAUUCAAGCUCUCGCAUGUUGUUGUAACAGACCUCACCAAGCCGGAGUCAUUUCAAAGGGCGUUCGAAAACGUUACCGGCGUCGUCCAUGCCGCUUCUCCCUUUAAUCUUGAGCCAAAGAACAAUGAGGAAGAUCUGCUCAAACCUGCUAUUAAAGGAUCGGUAGCCAUACUUGAUGCCGCCUUGCGUUAUGGAAAGGACGUCAAGCGCAUUGUUGUCACGUCGUCUCACGCCUCUGUCGCGGAUGUUACCAAAGGGAAACGAGUCGGCUACGUGUACAACGAAAAGGACUGGAAUCCAAUCUCUUACCAACAGGCCGCUGACCCAUCCACCGACGGCGUCACUGCAUAUUGUGCUUCAAAGGCCUUGGCCGAGCGCGCCGUUUGGAAAUGGGUGGAGGAUCACCCCGACGCACCAUUCGACGUUGUCACGAUAACUCCGCCGUGGAUCUUUGGCCCCUAUGCCACGAAACUGACCUCCACGAAGCACCUUAGCGAAAGCAUCCGCCUUAUUUACAAUCUUUUAGGUGCCACGGAAAUUCCAGAGUUUGACUUUGGCGGAUAUGCGGAUGUUCGCGAGGUCAGUGCGGCCCAUUUACUUGCCCUCGAAGUGCCGGCUGCAGGUGGAGAGCGCUUCUGGGUUGGACAGCCUCUCCGCUGGCAGGCUGUGGUGGACAUCGGGAGGGAAGAAUUUCCGGAGUUAAGAUCUCGACUCCCAGUCGGGAGGCCAGGGUGGACGGAAGAAGCCUACGGCGUGGAUGGUAGCAAAGCAGAACAGGUCUUGGGUCUAAGAUAUUUGACAAUGAGGGACACUAUCAAGGACACCUUUGCCCAGCUGCUUUCGGCUGAACGAGCUGAGGCCGCGGCUGCAUAA